AUGAGUAAACCUCUAGCACGAGCGGCAUCGUUUGUGCCUCGAACAGUCUUUCCGGAAUAUAAUCUCACACUCUCCAAUUUCAAGGGCCAUCACCAGAAGGCACUCACCAAAUUUGGCCAUUUAGCGCCUCAAAUCGAUCUCAUUCUAGAAGUACGAGAUUCCAGAGCCCCAAUAUCCACCACAAAUGUUCUAUUCGAUAAGGUGUUGGCUCGAAAGCAGAAAAUAGUUUUGUACAGCAAGAAGGAUCUUUCGGUUGUGAAACCUCAUUUGCUCAAGAAGUGGCACGAGAAUGAGAAAUUUCUCUUCGUUGAUGCAAGAAGCCGAAGGGAUGCCAAGAGAGUGCUAGAAGCACUCAAAGAACAUGUCGAGCUGUUAUCUCCUCCUCCUCCCUUGGGGCUUCGUACCAUGAUUAUUGGAAUGCCUAAUGUGGGCAAAUCUACCCUUGUAAAUACUUUGAGAGAGGAAGGUUACUCUUCAAAAGGCCCCAAGACCAUUUCCACAAAGCAAAAGAAGGUUGCUCGGACCGGUGGUCAACCUGGAGUAACAAGAAACACUAGUGAAAUCAUACGCCUCAGUAGAGAUCCAGAUGUUUUGGUCUAUGAUACCCCAGGAGUGUUUUUGCCCACUGUCAAAGAUUCCAAGACCAUGUUAGCAUUGGGUUUAGUGGGCUGUCUUCACACAUCAUUCAUAGACCCAGUCAUACAAGCAGACUACUUGCUUUAUGUUUUGAAUCUUCAGGAUCCGUCAGGUCAGCUCUAUUCGGAGUACAUCAAAUUCCCAACUAACGACAUUAAUGAACUCCUAUAUCACAUAGCAAAAAGCCGCAAAAAAUUGCGCCCCGACGGAUCCUUUGAUGAGCUCGGAAUGUCAAUUCACUUCGUCAAUGUUUGGCGUCAAGGUAAAGACUCGCGGUACAGAGGAUUAUUUGAUGAAUCAGCCAUAUUAGAGUCUGAUUCUGAUGAGAUAAAACUGCUCAAAAGGGAGGAACUUUCACGAGUGGAGGCGACGUCCGUCCACCAAAGAAUUGCAGGCAGCCUAGGCCAUGACGGAACCGGAAUGUCAAAAGACAGAAAACGGACAGCCAAAGAUAGAGAAGCUGACUUGAAGAAUCAAUUGUUCAAGUUGUGA